AGUGACCUGCUUAAAGAGAAAGCCGUGGGUCUCUGCUGGGUUUCAGCGUCCCUUGUGCUGCUGCAGCCCUGACUGAGCACUUCCACAACCCAGGGAGAAGCUGCUCUGAGCACUGAGAGCAUGUCUGCUUUCAGGUUCGGGGCUAGCCUGCUGAUGGUGCUGGGGUGUCUGUGCGCUCGUGGUUCGCCCUGUGGCAUCUCAACACACGUGGAAAUAGGCAUUUACGAGCACAGGCAACUGUUAACUGAGCACCAAGAUGCAUAUCAGGCGGGAACCGUAUUUCCGGAUUCUUUUUACCCCAGCAUCUGCAAAGGAGGCAAAUAUCACGAGGUGGCUGAAAGCACCCACUGGACUCCAUUCCUGAAUGCAAGUGUUCAUUACAUUCGGGAGAACUACCCCCUUCCCUGGGAGAAGGACACAGAAAAAUUGGUGGCUUUCUUGUUUGGAAUUGCCUCUCACAUGGUGGCAGAUAUCAGCUGGCACAGCCUGGGCAUUGAACAAGGCUUCCUUAGGACAAUGAGCGCUAUGGAUUUUCACAACUCCUUUUCUGAAGCACACCCCAUUGGCGAUUUUGGAGGCGAUGUGCUGAGCCAGUUUGAGUUUAAUUUCAAUUACCUCACACGACGCUGGUAUGUGCCCUCCAAAGAUCUCUUGGGAAUUUAUAAGAAGCUGUACGGCCGAGACGUCAUCACCAACAAUGUCAUUGUUGAGUGCACGCAUCUUCAGUUCUUGGAAAUGUAUGGUGAGAUGUUAGCAGUUUCCAAGCUCUACCCCAUCUUUUCUAGUAAGUCCCCAUUUUUAGUCGAACAGUUCCAGGACUAUUUCCUCGGAGGACUGGAUGAUAUGGCGUUUUGGUCCACGAAGACUUACCAUCUGAUAAGCUUCAUGUUGGAAAAUGGAACCAGUGACUGCAGUCUACCUGAAAACCCUUUGUUCAUAGCCUGCGGUGGGCAGCACAACAACACCCAUGGCUCAAAAGUACAGAAACAUGGUUUAUAUAGAAAUUUUACUAUAUCCCCAAUGAAAGUUACUGAACGAAACAUAAAUUAUACAGAAAGAGGAGUCUUCUUUACUGUGGAUACCUGGACCCCGAGUUCCUUUAGCUUCAUGUAUCAAACUUUGGAAAGGAAUGUGCGGACCAUGAUGACAGGCGGCUCCCAGCAUUCCCUGAAGCACGUCUCCAGCCCCUCGGCCUCUUACUUCCUGUCAUCUCCCUACGCCCGGCUGGGCUGGGCGUUGACCUCGGCGGACCUCAACCAGGACGGACACGGUGACCUCGUGGUGGGCGCGCCCGGGUACAGCCACCCAGGCCACAUUCAGGUUGGCCGUGUGUACCUCCUCUAUGGCAACGACCUGGGCCUGCCCCCGGUCGACCUGGACCUGGACAAGGAGGCUCAUGGGAUCCUGGAAGGCUUCCAGCCCUCAGGUCGGUUUGGCUCAGCCUUGGCUGUGUUGGACUUCAAUGUGGACGGCAUGCCUGACCUGGCCGUGGGAGCACCCUCGGUGGGCUCGGAGCAGCUCACAUACAAAGGAGCCGUGUACGUCUACUUUGGUUCUCGGCAAGGAAGGAUGUCUUCUCCCCCUAACAUCACCAUCACAUGCCAGGACACGUACUGUAACCUGGGCUGGACACUCCUGGCUACGGAUGUGAACGGAGACAGCAAGCCUGAUCUGGUGAUUGGCUCCCCUUUUGCACCUGGUGGAGGGAAGCAGCAGGGAAUCGUUGCUGCGUUUCACUCUGGCCCCAGCCGGAAUGACAAAGGUAAUGUCCUGCUUGCUGGGAACUGUCACCCAGAUACUGCGGCUGAGCCCUGUGCCUGCUGUUCAAGUCUAGGCCGAUUAUUCCGCAGCCAGAACGAGAAACUCAACCUCGGGAGGGUGGACGGCUAUUUCCCGCCAGAGCAUCAAAGCGCCUUUACAAUUUCCGGAGACAAGGUGAUGGGGAAACUGGGCACGUCGCUGUCCAGUGGCCAUGUGUUGCUGAAUGGGGUCCGGAUGCAAGUGCUCCUGGUGGGGGCUCCAACCCACGAUGACGUGUCGAAGAUGGCGUUCCUGACCAUGACCUUGCACCAAGGUGGAACCACUCGGAUGUAUGCUUUAACGCUGGAUUCGCAGCCUGCUCUGCUCAGCACCUUCAGCGGGGACCGCCGCUACUCUCGCUUUGGUGGAGUUCUGCACCUGAGUGACCUGGAUCAGGAUGGCUUAGAUGAGAUCAUCAUGGCGGCUCCGCUGAGGAUAGCUGAUAUCACCUCUGGACUGAUGGGAGGGGAGGAUGGCCGUGUGUACAUCUAUAACGGCAAGCACACCACCCUCGGCGACAUGACAGGCAAAUGCAAAUCCUGGAUGACUCCAUGUCCGGAGGAAAAGGCCCAAUACGUAUUGGUUUCCCCUGAAGCCAGCUCGCGGUUUGGGAGCUCCAUGGUCACUGUGGGGUCCAAGGCGAAGAACCAAGUUGUCAUUGCUGCUGGAAGGAGUUCUUUGGGAGCCCGGCUCUCUGGGGCGCUUCACGUCUAUAACCUUGGCCCAGAGUAGCUUCUGCUGUUCCCCUCAUCGCGCCUCCCCUCCCCCCUUCUCUAUGCUGUGUCUUCUCCAGCCAGAGUUCUGGUGGACAAAGUAGCACCCCCUGCCCCACCGGUAUAGUGAUGGUAGGUCCCAGCACCGGUGGGGUGUCUGAAAGCCAGGUGAUGUGGACAUCUGACUUUUCUUUGAUGACACCACAGGGGUGUGAAAUGAGACGAUUCUCUGGUCACUUCUUUUGCAACCGAGCCUUUCCUUUCUCCGCUGAAGUAUGUACUACCUGUGCUCAGAUCUGCUGAGCCACCUGUUUCCCUGCACGGCAGGCAGAAAUAACAUCAGGAGGUUGAGAAGCAGCACAGUGAGGAGAAUGUGUGGGGAUGAAAAACUCACAUAAUUUAUAAUGGUUUUGAAUGAGGCUGCCAUUAAUCGGGGGUAUGAAUAAUGUCUUCUAUAGUGCAGGAUACACGUAAUAAAGACAUAGACCUUG